AUGGACAUACCGCAGCCGGUUCUCAAAGUCGUCGCCGCAGUCCUCUCGGUCGGCAUCCUCGUCGAGCUCGCCAUCCUGACGCGGAUCACCCGCCGGUCUCGCGAGGAGCAAGCGGACUGGGACCCGGGCACCGGCCGCUCCAACACCAGCGGCUAUGAAGCCCGUGAUGAUGGCGACGAGAAAGCUGGGCCACAACGAGACAAACGAAUGCCCCCGGUGGAUCACACGCUCUGA